AAAAACGAUAAAAAAAUAUAUUUUUAUAGCUUGUAAACGGCUGCAUGAUAUAAAAAGCAAUAGUGUUAAAAUGUUUAUACUCCUUGUGGCAUUGUCAUUUUACCAUAAUGUUGUCGCCAAUCACGAAGAACAUUAUUUAGAUCUAGGUCCAUUGUUAGCUUCAUUGAAAGCGGCUGAAAGAGCAGCUGAUGAGGUGGCUGCACGAAUUGAAACUAAAUCUUUACAGAAAUCAGUCCCCCAGAAAGAUUUAAACCUAAACGAAGAAGAUGUUAUAAAGGAAGCGAAAUUAAGGAAAAUACUAGAGCUGAUCAAAGAGAACAACAGAGCUAUAUCACAGGAUGUUAAUGAUAAAUCCAGAGAACCCCGAGUGUUCAUGAUUAAAGAAGAUACACCGGACAUAAUAUAUGAAAAGGUUCCAGAGGAUAUAGCCGCCAAUACAAAAGUUACACGAAGACCUCGAAUUGCUUUUUAUGGAAAUAGUCGACGUAACCUUGAAAUCAGCGGUGUAAGUAAAGAAAAACGAGCGGAUGUAACCCAUCUUUCUCAAAAGCGAAAAUCUAUUCAAGGCAAGGGCAGGUCCUAUUUUUCUGACGACGACGAAGACUAUACGACUAGAAGAAACUACCAGAGUGCAGUUGACAUUAGCAGAGAGCACGCACCAGGACCUUCACUCCAGUUUCCAAAGUAUACCGAUGGAAUAUUUAAUAACAGAAACGAUUGGAAACGAAUAACUCCAAGAGGACCAUUGAACAGGCCAAGGGGUAUACCGUUCAAUCACAGCAAGGAAGAGCGUUGGAACGGCAAAAUAGAUAAUAUAGAGAGAAGUAAUAAACGUAACAAAUUGUUGCGAAACGAUGAUAGUUACGAUAGAAGCUCUGAACCAAACAGAGGUCGUGGUCUGUAUCGAGGCAAAAACCGACUAUUAGGCAGAACUCUAAUACCUUACGGAAAAAGAUACGUUUACGAAGAUUAAAUUGUGAAUAAAAUUUUGUGGAU